AUGGCGCCGGUUCUCCGUCGACAAGCUCACCGAGCGGGUCGGAGCCAUACGACCACGACCACGACCACGACCCCGACCCGGGCCAUACUCCGAACCUCAUCAGCCUCGGCGGACCAAAAGCCCACUGCCGCCCAACGCGCACAAAAGAAAUGGAAUCACUUCCGCCGAUAUGCCUCCGAGUCCCCCUACCCCGAUUUCCGUGAGCCCUCGCCGGAAGAGUGUUACCGCGUCAACCGCAUCCUGACCAAGCUGCACGGCCGCCGCGAUCCGCUCUCCAGCGAGGCAAUGACCGCCGACGGUCUUGAUGGCCGCCCCAGCCAGUUCCCGGACGUUCUCCACGGUCUCAUCUACGGUGUCUUGUGCCAAGCAACCAACGAGCGGAACGCAAUCCGCCAGGUGCAUGGCUUGGAUCAGGUCUACGGGUCCUGGAGGAACUUUUCCGCCAUCGCCGAGGGCGGCGAGUCCAGGCUUCGAGAGACCCUGGCCUGUGGCGGCCUACACGAGCGCAAAUCGCGCAUGAUCUUGAAGAUCCUGCAGCAGGUCUGGAGCAAGCAUCAGGAAUAUACGCUGAAUCAUCUGUUCCGUGCAACAGACUCGGAGGCGAUGCAGGAACUCCUCUCUUAUUAUGGGGUCGGUCCCAAAACCGCCAGCUGCGUGCUUGGCGUUACGCUGCAGCGCCAGCGUUUUGUGGUUGAUACUCACAUCUACCGGCUGACCGGAGAACUGGGCUGGAGGCCCUCCCAGGCAUCCGCGGAGCAAGCCCGCGCCCAUCUGGAGCAGAGGAUUCCCGACGGUCUGAAGUAUUCUCUGCAUCUGCUGUUCAUUUCCCAUGGGAGAGAAUGUCCACGCUGUCGCGCCGGUGGCGACCCGAGCUAUCAAUGUGAGCUCAUGUGCAAAUUGGAGGACGAACAAGCAGAGUAG